UCUCUCUCUCUCUCCUCUCUCUUUCUCGAGUCUCGUUUCUUCUUUUGCUUGUAUAGAGACAUCUUCACGUUUCUUCAGCUGAGACAACUUGUUACUUCUUUCGCUCAAAGUUGUGAAGAAAGAAGAAGAAUCUGACUUCAAUCUGAUUCCCAGAUCCGAGUUUUUGACUCUUUAAGGUUUGUAUGAGUAUCAAUGUUCUUUUACUGAGCAAUUUGCUCCAUUAAUGGACUGCUGCUCUUAUACGGAUCAGGAUUUGCGAUUGCAGUGUUUUGCUUGUUACAUUGUUCAUCCUUUUGAGGUUUCGUAGUGGUUCAAUCGGAGAGAUCGAGUUUUGGAACUGUCUUGUGUAUGGAGAGCUUCGAGAGAGUUUGAGAGCUAAUUUCGAUAGUAAAGGUUGUAACUUUCUGUGAUGGGUGGGCUUUGUUCGAGGAGUUCUUCUGUAAAUAAUGCUCCUGGUGGAAGCUUUGCACAUGUUAAUGGUCAUUUAAAUAAUGGGUCUGAGGUGAAAAUUCAGUCUGGUGAAGGUAGAGAGAAAGUUGCUGAUCCUUCUCCUCUGAGGGAGAAUGUGGAUGAUAAGCAUACAUCAGAAUCGUUUUCGUUUCCUAUAGUCUCUGGUGGAUCUCAUCCUCAGAAUAUCGAGGAUGGAAUUCCUCGGUUAUCGAGGGUUUUGUCGCAGAAAUCUAGAUCCACUAAGUCUAGGCAGGCUGCUGUGGCUAAGGUUUCGGAAGUAAGCUCUCUUUUGGGUAGGGCAGGCACUAUGGGACUUGGUAAAGCUGUGGAUGUAUUGGAUACACUCGGGAGUAGCAUGACGAAUCUGAAUCUUAAUGGGGGAUUUUCUUCUGCGACGACAGUUAAAGGGAAUAAGAUCUCAAUCUUGUCUUUUGAAGUUGCUAACACCAUUGUUAAAGGCGCCAACCUUAUGCAUUCUCUUUCAAAAGAUAGCAUCACACAUUUAAAAGAGGCAGUGUUACCUUCAGAAGGUGUCCAAAACCUUGUAUCGAAAGACAUGGAUGAAUUGUUGAGAAUUGCUGCUGCGGAUAAAAGGGAAGAGUUGAGGAUCUUUUCUGGAGAGGUGGUGCGUUUUGGGAAUCGUUGCAAGGAUCCUCAAUACCACAACUUGGAUCGCUUCUUUGACAGGUUGGGAUCUGAAUUUACACCCCAGAAACAUUUGAAACAGGAAGCAGAAACCAUAAUGCACCAGCUGAUGUCAUUUGUUCAUUUUACAGCUGACUUGUAUCACGAACUCCAUGCGCUGGAUAGGUUUGAACAAGAUUACCAACGUAAGAUCCAGGAAGAAGAGAACCCAAGCACAGCACAACGAGGUGUGGGAGAUACACUUACUAUUUUGAGAACUGAACUAAAAAGUCAGAAGAAACAUGUAAGAAACUUAAAGAAAAAAUCUCUUUGGUCUAGGAUCUUGGAAGAGGUAAUGGAGAAACUCGUAGAUGUUGUCCAUUUCUUGCAUUUGGAGAUUCAUGAAGCCUUUGGUGGUGCAGAUCUUGAUAAGCCUGCUAAUGACCCGCCAAUCAAUCAUAAAAAAUUGGGCUCUGCUGGUCUUGCCUUACAUUACGCAAACAUCAUCACUCAAAUUGAUACUCUUGUAUCCCGGUCAAGUACUAUGCCUGCAAGCACAAGAGACGCAUUGUACCAAGGUUUACCCCCAAGUAUAAAAUCUGCUUUACGGUCCAGAAUACAGUCCUUUCAGAUUAAGGAAGAGCUAACUGUUCCUCAAAUAAAAGCUGAAAUGGAAAAAACGUUACAGUGGCUUGUUCCUGUUGCUACAAACACAACCAAAGCGCAUCAUGGGUUUGGAUGGGUUGGAGAAUGGGCAAGUUCCGGGUCGGAAGCGAACCAGAGACCUGCAGGUCAAACAAUACUAAGGAUAGACACACUUCACCAUGCAGAUAAAGAAAAAACUGAGGCUUACAUAUUAGAGUUAGUGGUGUGGCUUCAUCAUCUCGUUACUCAAGUCAGGGCCACCACUGGUUAUGGUCUAAGAUCUCCGGUUAAGUCUCCAAUCAGAUCACCUAACCAGAAAACAAUCCAACUUUCCAGCGGUUCACACAACCCAAGUCAGGGUUCUCCGUUGCUGACUAUGGAGGAUCAAGAGAUGCUUAGAGACGUAAGCAAGAGGAGAAAAACGCCAGGAAUAAGCAAGAGCCAAGAGUUUGAAACGGUGGCGAAAACAAGGCUUUCUAAGCACCACAGGCUAAGCAAAAGCAGUAGCCACUCGCCGAUGAUGGGCGAGAUGAUGAAUUAUAAGAAGGAUACUUUCUCAACCAGAAGACCUUCCUCUGUUCCCAUCAUUGAUUUUGACAUUGAUCGCAUGAAAGCUCUCGAUGUAAUCGAUCGCGUGGACACCAUUCGAAGCUUGUAGGUAACUAAGUCCACACACCACCAUCAGCGUUCAUAACUGGGAUUGGACGGACGGUAAACACCAUCCUAUCUAUCCCCCAAAAUGAUGAUAUGAUGCCGAUUAAUCCUAUGGGAUACCAAUCGAAAUUUGAAACCCGUCAUAGAUGAUGAUUCGGGUUCAGAAAAUGGCAAGAGUUUGUACUAUUUUUGUGGGUGUAAUAUUGGUUUGGCUUUUGUAGCAUUUCCUUUGUGUAUUGUUAUUCUUCUUCUUGUUGGUAGUAGUUGUAUUGUGUACAUAUACAAAAAAAAAACGUUACUAGUUACUACAUGAUCAUUUGGAGAAUAAAUAAUGUAUUAUCUUAA